AAAAUCAAGAUAAGAUUCAAUAUCUUUUGGCUAUGCCUAUGCAUCACUCACUGUGCCUUUCUUCAUUCUCUUUAAUUCAUUGGGGCAUCAUAGUAAGAGAAAAAUACUAGCUUAUUUGUAAGUGCUCAUUACCUUAAAGGAGAACAAGAUGAAUCCAUGGAACCUCGCAACUUCCCAUUUGCUCUCUCAACAAUUUGCUUAUCCUUCUCAUUUCCUUGUACAAGAGAUUCCUAACAUGGAAAAUUCCACCAGGGUUGUGACCAAUGAUCCUAGAGGUUCACAGAUGACAAUCUUUUAUGGUGGUCAAGUUAUUGUCGUUGAUGAUGUUCAAGCUGACAAAGCCAAAGACAUCUUGUCUUUUGCCAGCACAGGAAUGUCUCAAAAUCAGAACGAGUAUGCUUAUGCAUUCCCUGCUACAACUUCUGCUAGUUCCACUACUCGACCAUUUCCUUUUCUUAUGAAUGUCAUACCUACCACUGCCAAAAUUUCGGUGCAGGAGCACCCUCAAGCACCAUCCAAACCUGUUGUUUGUGAUCUGCCACUGGCUAGGAAGGCUUCGCUUCAUCGGUUCUUGGAGAAAAGAAAGUAUAGAAUUGCUGCCAGAGCACCAUAUCAAACAAGCAAGUCCAUGCCAUGGCUCACCUUGGCACCUAACUCACAAGACGAAUCUGAUUCUGAGAGCAACUCCAGCUUUUUGUUAUUUUAAUUACUUUUCUUGGACUAGGUGAAAAAGAUCAUAGUAUCCCAUGAUCCAUGGAGACUUCACUUAAGUGAAGAGAAAAAAAAAGACUUGGUCUUUGUUGUUAUUUUGUAAACGGAGUCAACAUUUUGUGGGCUUCUCUGUAGCCCCAUGAUGGUGAUUUUUUCGGGGGCUAUGAUCGUAGUUAUAUUUCUGUAGCGAGACAUAUGGUGAUAUGGCUAUUGUGGUUCAAUCAAUGUAAAUUUCAUUUUUUUUUACCCCUCAUCUCGUCUCUCAAAUUAUACUAGUUUAUGGCAUUGGCAUGCAGCAGAAAAUGGGGGUAGAUUGAGCUGCAUUAAGUGUAACAGUUGAACAAGUUAGAGAUACGAAGUAAUAUGUAUGUAACUAUUAUCUAGCAUUGUUAUAAAUAUGUCCUCAGGUAUGAUCAUUGUUCUGUUGGCAAGAAAUCUUCUAGUAACAUAAAAGCCUUGUAUUCCCUCUCUUAUUAGCCCUUCUCAAAAUGAAAUUCAUCACUUGAAAUUACAGAAAACAAAGA